AUGGCAAUCCCACCACCAGACCUUCGCGUUCUUUGCCGCAGACUCGCAUCGACACCAGUUGAUGAUCUUCCUCACAUCUGCCCCCUCCUCGUCAGCCAUGUGCUUUGUUGCGGAGAGGCCCUGUCCGCCGUGCCAGAGACCAAGGCCAAGGACAAGUCCUCGGAAACCGCCACGCUUGUUCACAGAUUGAGAACUCAUAUCACCACACUUCUUACUGGCAAGAGUGCGUCCGGCCGUUUUGCCGCCGUUUCCCUGGUUAAGGCUGUCCUUGAUGUUGGAGGAUGGGAGAGCUUGAGGGCUUCAGACGCAUGGAUCAGGGGCUUGAUCAGCAUUUUGGGAAAACCUGAUCCUUUGGUGUCCAAGGAGCUAUGUGUCAUCACCUUGACCAAGAUCUACUCUCUCCUCCAGGGCUACCAGACACUGGUCAGAGAGAUGGCCACGCCCACUCUCCCCAGCUUCAUCACUUCCAUGCUCAACAUCGUCAAGCCGCCUGCGUCGAGCAAGGCCGCCAAGGUCCCCACGUCCUUUGUCGAUACCGUUGCCGUCUCUCUCGCCAAGAUUGUGGCCUUGUAUCCUACCACCACAAGGCCCUUUAACGCCCAGAUCCGGGGCGCCUUCAAGAUUUACGUCGCUCCUACCAUGUCUGAUGUCGCCACCGUUCCCCAGAGCCUGCGAGAGAGCGCUCGCUCGCUGCUUGUCGUGCUUCACUACACAGCGCCCAAGAACGGUAGCAGCGACGAGUGGGCGAAGGGCAUCAAGUCCUAUAUUAAAGAGGCCCACGCCACCGCCGACCAAGUCUUACGUGCCGUUCGGGAAUCCUGGGAAUCCACCGCCGGCUACAGAGUGGACACAGUCCGUACCGAUGGCGAGCCGUCCGGAGGAGGCAACGAGACCGACUCCCUCCCUACCUGGACCGGUGUCACUGCUGGUUCUGAGAGACUCAACGGCCUCGUGGGUCAGCUCAUCGGGUACCUCAGGGUGCCCACUAAGGCCCCUGUCACCGUUCCCGUCGGAGAGCUCCUCGACCUCGCCUCGCGCAUCACCCUCAUCACGCUCCCCAAGCCUACCACCGGCGAAGACACCAUCGAAACCAACCCGGCCAUCAGCCGUGACGAGAAGGCCGAGCUCUGGAGCGUCCUUCCCGAAGUCCACAUGGCCAUUCUCAAGCUACACACCGUCCUCCUCCGUCGCCUGGCCGCCAACGCCCUGCCGCUGGCCACCGACAUCCUCGACCAGAUGGUCCGCGUCUUCACCUCCGGGCGCCACAUCCCCGCCAUCCGCGAGACAGUCUACGUCCUUGCCAAGGACCUUCUCGAGAUCUCCGGCCCCGGUCUCCUUAAACUCACCGUUGACUCCAUGGCUCCCAUCAUCCAGUCCACCUGCCAGGAUAUCCUCCGUGCCACGGGCCACUAUGACUCGCCCGUCAAGGCCGACAGCAGCAGCACCACCAUGAACCGCAACCCCAACCCCAAGAAACCCACCGCCGGCAAGAACGGCGCCGGCAUCAUGAAGCCCCAGGCCCAGUCCUCCGGCAACGCAGACGCCUAUCUCACCUCUUCCAGCACCUCCUCUUCUGCCGACCCGGCCACCAAUCCCCUCUUCGCCGCCGCCCUCUCCCUCCUCCCCCUCUUCCUCUCCCCCCGUGGUCUCGUCGACCGCACUGCCAUCCUAGCCAAUAGCAAGGCCGCGAUGCUCGCCAGCGUGCUGAACCCGUACAAGGACACUCGCGGUCGGUACUACCCCACCAUCCUGCCCUUCUUGGUCAGGCAGUUCCCUGCCGACCAGGAGGUGGAAGUGUUGCGGACGAAUCUCAUGAGAGUCGGUGCUGGCGUGAGCCAGCAGGUUGCUACCAGCUGGGAUCCGGCGGAGGAUAUUGAUGAUUUGGUUGCUGCUGCGGCGGGCAACAAGGACGACGAGGACGAGAAUGACGACGACGAGGAGAUGGUGGAUGCGGAUGCGGAUGAGGCGGACGCUGAUAAGGAGGCGGAUGCCCAGCUUGCUGCUGAGAAUCAAACGGCACAGAAGAGCAAGGCCGCCGCUGCUGCUAAAGGGGCUUGGGGUGCUAAUGCGGAAAAGGACGCUGCUGAGGAGGUUAGCAGCAAACCGAACCCGUUUGCCACCGUCCCUGUUGACACCCCUGAGUCGAGAACCGCACGCGCUGCGAUGAAGAAGCGUAAAGUUGAAGAGGAGGCCGCGAAUCCUCCUAAGAGAGUUACCAGGAGUUCGAGGAGAAAGACUCUUGAGGUGGAAGACGAGGCGUCUGUCGUGACUACUACCGCUAAGAUUGUGGAGGAGGUUGUGGAGGAGGUCGCUACGCCCGCUGAGGCCCCGGCCCCGGCGAAACCCGUUAUAGCUGUGAUGGAACAGAAGGAGGGUGAGGAUGAUGGUGAGGAUAGUGAUAGUGGGGAGAGUGUCCAGAUCGACAUGUCGCUUGAGGACAGUGAGGAUGAGGAGGACGAAGAGUAG